AUGGGCUGCCGAGCUCGUCAUUUCUGCUCCGUCUUCUUCCCCCGAGCUAGCAGCGUUCGCAAGCGCUUCCCGCCCUUCCCGACGUCCUCUAGGUUAGCGUUCUCCUUCUCUUCCUCAGCCGGCGAUGGUUUCCUGAGCUUCUUCGACGGCGGCGGCGGCGGCGGCGGCGGCGGCGGCGGCGGUGGCGACGGGGAGAGCCCCGCCUACAAGAGGCACCUUCAGUGCCACCGGCCGCCGACGCUGCGGCCGUGGAAGUUGCCCCACAACACUUGCAGCCUCAUCGGGACAGUCGCCAUGCCGCUGCGGCCGUGGCCUUCAGGACCGACUAGGGUUGGCGCCUACACCGUCCUCGAAGUGGAGAAGCCCCCAUGGUCCAGGCCCCGACGUGCCUUCUCGCCGUUCCGGUGAUUCCCUCAUUCUUCUCUCUCCCUCUGGGUGUCCGAUCGUGCAGAGGAGAGGUUAUCUCGGAUCUCUGAAUUUGGGUUUCCCUCCGCUUCCUUGAACCUAAUUAUCUGCGCGAUGCUUCAUCACAUCUCAUUUCAAUUCUCGUGCGGUUGAACGCGUUUGCUCCUAGAAAUCCAGCUUCUGUUUCUUGAUGUUGUUCAUCAUGCGGCAUCUGACAGGAUCCUGGUCUUGAUGUGGGACGAUCUGGCGCAAGUUUCACUAAGAUAUCUGAAACCGAAUGAUUCUGUCUAUGUUUCCGGGCACUUGUCCUCCUACGAAAAGGUCGAUGCCAAUGGAAAGAGAGAAAUCCUGCACAGGGUCUGCCCAUUACUCGCCUGAUUGCUAAUUAUUUCUACUUUCGGAUUUCUUACGAUCAAUGAUUGGCCCUUUGCUAUUAUACGACUAUAAUCCACAAUCAUCUGAUAUGCUUAUUUGUCGAUGUUUGUUGGGGACCGCUAAUUUUUUUAUUACUUGUGUGGGAUUGUGAUCGCUGUGCUUCUUAAUUUUCUCUAUAUUUUAUGAUGAUUUCUCAUUGUUGAUGAGGGCGGACGAUCUAGUGCAGGGUUUACCAUCCCAAAAAGUAUUUCCUCUAAAUCCUGUCGGAGAAUCAAAAAAAUAUGACUAUUUCUCGAGAACUUCUAGUGCAGGAGUUCGAUCCACAGCCGCUUUCUUUUGCUAUGAUUUGCUUCGAUGACCAUAAGAUGAACCCCGCCCUCCAUUUUUUCUGUAGCAUCUUCUUCCCGUCAAGGGGGGCACAUCCGCUGUGCCAAGAAAUCUCCAUUGCCAUGAUUAUCUCUACGAGCUGGCUGCCGAUUCUGAUUUCUCGGAAUCUCUGCAGGUGGUCGUGAGAGACCUCAACUACGUCCAGCAAGCUGGUAAGCUUCAGCCUCCUCAGGAUGAUCCUCACGCGGUCUGCAAAACGCAGCAUCAGCCCUCCUCUGGUGAGCCUCGCCUCGCCUGAUCCUCUGCUGAUGAGAACCCUAAUCCCCUCACCGUCGUCGUCUCUUCCCUUCCCUUGCUAGAGAACUGGACUUCGAUGAUGAUUCUUUUAAGCUCUUUCAAUGCCGUUGGAUCUCCCCAGCAGGUGAGGGAUCAUCAGCUUGCGUGCCCCCGUCUGGUGAAGAUUCGGCGGAGGAGGGUGAAGAGGAGAAGCUCCGGCGACGGCUGCGCUUGUGGCAGGUUUUCUUUGCGAACCCGCACGAAUGGUGGGACAACCGGCGCCAGAAGCUUCACCGGCGCUCCCCGGAUUUCAAGCACAAGAACACCGGCGAGGCCCUGUGGCUCAGACCGGACGACCCUCCCUGGGUCGGAAGGCAGCUUGACCUGGUUGACCUCCGAGGAGCAGGGAACGGCGGAAGGAGGGGCGUUGACUCCGGGAGGCACCACAUGUCGGAGCUCCUGUGA